AAAGCCCAAAGCCCAAUCCAAUAUGUGGCAAAGAUUAGGAUAGGGUUCUUCCCCGCGCUCCCUCCAUUCAUCAUUCUUUCCCCUUCUCUUCCCUCCUCUCAUCAAUCCCCAUUCUCUCAGUCCCUUCCCUCCUCCCGAAGGCCGAAUCCCAAGGAAUUUGAAAUCCGAGGCGAGCUUAAGACCAUAAACAUGGCGAGCACGGUCAUGGCCUCCUCCUCUUCCGCCGCUACCUCCCAAGUCCUCUCCAAUGGCAGAAGAACCCGCCCUCCCUCUCCCCUCCCACUCAUCCCCAAAGUCGUCGUCGCGGCCGCCAAAUCCGACUCCCGCAGGACCGCUACCACCAACAAAACCUCCCUUCCUCGGCGCCUCCUCGACUCCCUGCCCCAAAAGGCAGCCGCGAUCGCCGCCGCAGCGGCAGCCGUAUCGCCGCUGCCGGCGCUGGCGGAGCAGAUGGAGAAGGCGGCGCUGUUCGACUUCAACCUGACCCUUCCGGCGAUCGCGGUGGAGUUUCUGCUAUUGAUGGUGGCGCUGGACAAGCUUUAUUUCACGCCGCUGGGGAAGUUCAUGGACGAGCGGGACUCGGCGAUCCGCGCGAAGCUGGGGGAGGUGAAGGACACGUCGGAGGACGUGAAGCAGCUGGAGGAGCAGGCGGCGGCGGUGAUGCGGGCGGCGCGGGCGGAGAUCUCCGCGGCGCUGAACAAGAUGAAGAAGGAGACGUCGGCUGAGCUGGAGCAGAAGCUCGCCGAGGGCCGGAAGCGAGUGGAGGCGGAGCUCGCCGAGGCGCUCCAGAAUCUGGAGAAGCAGAAGGAGGAUACCAUCAAGGCGAUGGACUCCCAAAUCGCCGCCCUCAGCGACGAGAUCGUCAAGAAAGUCCUCCCCAUGGCCUGACAGGUGUUCGAUUGUUUGCUUGCUACCCCUCUCCCCUUCUACUUAUUACCUCUUCCUAACUCUCUCCUCUCCCCUUUUCUUGGUAACAUCCUCUUGCUCCCCUCAUUUCUUGUUCGUAUAAUGUAUUGCUAUUUUGAAAUAUGAAGUCAAAUUGCAACGGGAUUUAAGGGUAAAAUUUCCGA